AUGCGUUCCGACCGCAAUGACAGCCAUGGGUCGGCCAAAUCGAUUGUCGUGCGACAACGGCAUGCCGACGUAGAGGCACAGCAAUUUUCAUACAGCGAUGAACGCAAAUUGGGAAUUUUCAGUACGGCGUUCUUGAUAAUCAAUAAAAUGAUUGGGACAGGGAUCUUUUCCGCACCGGCGACCGUCUUCAGCGCCACGGGCUCCGUCGGCAUUUCUCUUCUUCUUUGGCUCCUCGGCGGCAUCCUCGCCCUUUGCGGACUUUCCAUUUAUUUGGAACUCGGCCUCGCCAUUCCCCGCUCAGGUGGCGAAAAGAACUACCUCGAGCGCAUCUUCCGCCGUCCGAAGUAUCUGGCCUCGUGCAUCUUGGCCUUGCAAAUGGUGCUCCUGGGCUUCUCCGCCGGUAACGCGGUCGCUUUCGGGCAGCUCAUUGUCGACGCGUGCAGCUCGACACUGACGGGAGAGACAUGGGCCGCGCGCGCCAUCGGCAUCGGCUGCGUGACAUUUGCGGUCCUACUACACAGCCUCCUACCACAAUGGGGCGUGCGGCUGAUGAACCUCAUGGGCGUGUUCAAGGUCGUCGUCAUGCUCGUCAUUGCGUUCUCGGGGGUUGCGGCGCUGGCAGGGUAUCGCGGAACCGACGAUCCGCAUAAUUUCGACCACUCAUUCUCCAGGACGGACAUGGAGCGGUACGGCGCGGGCGGUUUCUAUGCGUACUCGAGUGCAUUUCUGAGCAUUAUUUACACCUUUAGCGGAUGGGAGAGCGCAAACUAUGUGCUCAGCGAGGUACGAAAUCCGCGGCGGACGCUGGCGAUUGCGGCGCCGCUGGCGGUGGGCGUCGUCACUGUGCUGUACAUGAUGGCGAAUAUUGCGUAUUUUGCUGCGGUUCGGAAGCUGGAUCUGGCAACGUCGGAGUUGUUAGUUGCUGCGCUGUUCUUCAAGAACAUGUUUGGGGAGAGUGCGGCGGCCAAGACACUACCUGUGUUUGUGGCAGUUAGUAGUCUUGGGAGUGUAUUGGCGACAAGCUUUGCGCACUCGCGUCUGAAUCAAGAGCUCGGAAAGGAGCGAAUAUUGCCUUUCGGGAGAUUCUGGGCGUCGAACAAGCCCUGCAACGCUCCAGCGGCGUCGCUUGUACUGCAUUGGGUAAUCACAGUCAUUGUGAUAGCUGCACCGCCGCUCGGCCACUCGUAUGAUGCGAUUAUAGAACUAACUGUAUACCCUCGGGCCUGGAUCAACAUGCUCCUAACAGUUGGCCUCGUUUACUUACAAUGGAAUAAACCAGAGCGCUGGAAAUCGCCGUGGCACACGUAUCUGCCCAUUUCGAUGAUAUAUCUGUUUCUCAACGGGCUUUUGAUCAUUGGGCCCUUUGUACCGCCGCCUUCAUCUUCCAUCGGCGGGGCUCACUUCUACCUAUUUCCUCUCGUUGGGCUCGCGGUACUAAUCUCUGGGGUAUUAUACUGGGCAGUAUGGAUCAAGCUGGUGCCUCGUGUAAAAGGCUACCGAAUAGAGGUAGAACGAGUCUUUGGCCACGACGAGAUUGUGCGAUAUCACCGAGUCAGCCUAUAG